AUGCCCGUCCCCCCUACUUUCGCCCGGCGCAAUUGUCUCUUUCUCCCCUCCAUCAUCAUCUCCCUCUUUCUUCCAGUGUACACCCUGUGCCUCUGUCAGCUCCCAUUUCCCUUCGCACAUCUUCGCUUGUCCCUAGAAAUUUCUGCAGAGAGAAGAACAACACACUUGCUGCGGAGUCAAUCUAUUCCCAAACCUCCAGCUUCGUCUACAGAUACUUCUGAGGUGUACCACUGCAUCUAUAUAAGUGCCAUUCCAUGA